AUGUUCCGAGAUUUUUUAGAGGAGGGUCAUGUCGAUAGUGUAUCAGCGAGCGCGCGCAGUUCUGGGCGCGAAGCCGUGGACGAGAUCACGUCUAAGGAUUUGCCACCCCCGUACCGGGAAAGUGAAAAUGGUGAUAACGAACUGUCAUAUGAAGAAUUUCGCGACUCGAUUCACGUCGCGCCAUGUGAAGUAGUAGAUUUGCUGGCCAACUGUAAGAUAACGUCGCCGGCUGAAAACAGUGACACUGAGGCGGAGUACGCGGAAAUACCAGACAUGGGGCUUUGGCACUCCACGCCGCUUGCGAAGCGGCACAAGUCCAAGAUAUCCCUAACGUGGGUCUUGAAAGAAAACUUGGAAAACACAAAAAUGCCACAGAAGCCUCAGAAUGAUGAGAGUAACAAUGGAACUAACGUGGACAGACAUCAGCGACACAAUCAGAAAUUUAACGAGAGUGAUUACAGAAAGUGCAAGUCGGGAGAAGUGCGCGAUAGGGUCGUGGGUCGCAACGAAUUUUACCAUAACCUUAGAUUUAAGAGUGCUUGUGAGGAACUUGUGAGUGGACAGCAGACCUAUUCGGACACCAGUGUAGGCACUGAAGAAUAUGCAAGAAGACGGCAUAGGCAUCGGCACAGGAGGAAGAAAAAACGCCCUCAUACCAAGUUUGGUUACGACAUUCGAGAUUUGGAUAGCUUUUUAACAGAGGCUUCCAUCGACCGUCCUGGCAACAUCCCAGUAGUGGUCGCUUACCCCACGACGCUGUACCAAACCCAGAAGGAGUGCCAGCGCGAGCUGACCCUACCCCUUGGUACGGUCGUCAACGCAGUCUUCAAGAACCAAUUGUGGCUGUAUGCGCAGACGCCGCACGGAGAGGAGGGAUACGUGCUGUAUAGCGCGUGUUUGCCGUUAGGAAUAUUACCAAAUAGGACCCCAGAUAAGAAAACUCCCUGCUGGGAAAGCAGCACGGACAUCUACCCUAGACCCUGCGGAAACCUGACCGACACCGAGAAGGAGCAACUGAGAGGGCGCACCAGCUCCGAAUGUCGGUACAAAACGCGCGAGAAACGACGCGCCAAAACCUCCUGCGCAGAAAAAGACUUUGACAGCUUGUAUUUAAAGACCAAAUCUGUUUCACACAUCGACAAAAUCCAAGAUAAAGAAAACAUAGAGUUAAAAACAAAAAGACAGACGUUGUUAGUGAUUACUUGUGAUUAUAAAGGUGUAAAUAAAAGUUUGUCUGUGGUGAAAGGUGAUGUGGUGUCGUUACUUCAACGGUUUGAGGGGGACAAUGCGGAUUGGUUUUAUGUCAGAAAGAAAGAUGGGAACCAUGGGUAUAUACCUGCUGCCAUUGCUGGUCAUGGUUAUAUUUGA